AUGCUUUUUGGGGGGCGUCUGUCUGAGUGUAUCGGGUUUAUACUUUUCUGUUCGAACCUUGCCCUGCCUCUUCCCACCGAGACUGCGUACACUUAUAAGCUACAAUGGCAGACCCAGACCCAGUGUCCGAAGGGCGGGCAGACUCCAAUGGUGUCUAUGGCUUGGUAUAUGCGAUCUCUCCAUGGACUAAUCCCAACCAAAGCACACCUGAAGCAGUUCUUCGCCUACGUACACCUUCUUUUCUCUUUGGAUUACACGAUAUUCGACGUCUUCCUUAUUGUAUGCGGCGUGAUAUUCGGGAUAGCUGGAGGAAUCCCCUUUCCUCUGCUCGGAAUUGUAUUUGGUAAUCUGAUCAACAACCUCAAUUUGACUACUUGUUCCACCUCGGACAACGCUUCGUCAAGUUUAUCGUCCAGUGUACGCACCGAGGUUCUUUAUGUGAUUUACAUCACCAUAGCGAACUUCUUCAUCAUCUAUAUCUACACGUCAUGUUGGUGCUUGGUGAGCGAACGUCUGGCGCGCCGUUAUCGCAGGCGAUACUUUGAAAGUAUCAUUAGGCAGGACAUGAACUUCAUCGAGUCACUUCCUUCGGGCGAUGUGAUCUCCCGGUUGGUCAGUGACAUUGAGACAGUGCAGAUGGGGACCUCGGAGAAGGUGGGCCUGGUGAUCUCCACUAUUUCAUACUUCGUGACCGCCUAUAUCGUGGCUUUUAUCAAGGCGCCAAAGAUCGCGGGCAUGCUGGUAUCAGUGGUGCCUUGCUUCCUCCUCAUGUCGCUAGUUGGAGGUCACUUCAUCAAAAAGUAUGCGAGCCGGAUCACAGCCAAUAUCAAUGCCGCUACUUCAAUUGCCUCGUCCAGUCUAUCGCAUCUGACCCUGGUUCAUGCCUUCAAUGCCAACGACCGCUUGGAGCGGCGAUUUGCCACUUAUCUCUCCAGGUCAUCAAUGGAUGCCCUCAAAAAGGCAGGUACGCAUGCUACGCAACUUGGAUUCUUGUACUUUGUUGCAUACUCAGCCAACGCCUUGGCUUUCUGGGAGGGUUCCCAGAUGAUUUCGAACUCCGUUGCCCACGACAACUCAGGUAUAUCUGUGGGUGCUGUAUACACUGUCAUUUUUGUUCUCAUCGAUGCUUCCUUUAUUCUGAGUCAGGUUGCCCCCUUUAUCCAUGUUUUUGCGUCCGCAGCCGGUGCAUCGGAGCGACUGCUAGCCGUGAUCAAUCGUCGUUCUGCCAUUGAUGGGACCGCAGACGACGGUGAUAAGAUGACUGCUUUCGGAGAGGAGAACAUUGAGUUUAAUGAUGUUCACUUUUCAUACCCGGCUCGACCAGACGUUCCAGUACUCCGGGGAAUGAGUUUUGUCAUCCCUCCUAGGAAGCAUACCGCCAUUGUUGGACCCUCUGGUGGUGGAAAAUCAACCGUGGUUUCCCUCCUAGAACGAUUCUAUGACCCUGCAUCAGGCGAUGUGACCAUCGGAGAGAAAAGUUUCCGAGAUCUCAAUGUUCGACAUUUGCGAGGCAAUAUCGGUUUUGUUCAACAAGAACCGGCUUUGUUGGAUCGAACAAUCCUGGAAAAUAUCGCGUACGGCCUGGUGGCUUCAUCCGCAGAGAAGCAUCAACGGCUCGCCCCGUUCAUUCUCGAUGAAAGUCUUUCGGAGAUCGCUGUAAAGAUCAGGGAAGGCAUGUCUGAGAACGAUGCUCUUACCGGCUUCGACGGUUGUGUUGCCGAGAUUGUAGAACUCGUCAGGGAGGCUGCCGCCAGCGCUAAUGCGUUAAACUUCAUCGAUGCUUUGCCUCACGGGUUCGCAACCCAUGUUGGAACAGCAGGAAAUCAGCUUAGUGGAGGCCAGAAGCAGCGAAUUGCUCUUGCUCGUGCUCUCGUGCGAGAACCGUGCUUACUCAUUCUCGACGAGGCUACGGCUGCCUUGGAUUCCACCAGCGAACAACUUAUCCAGGCUGCAUUGGCCAAAGUAUCUGAAACAGUAACCACAGUCUCGAUCGCACAUCGACUAGCUACUGCCAAAAAUGCACACAAGAUUGUUGUCGUACAGAGUGGACGUGUCGCAGAGGAAGGAUCCCACGCGGAGCUCGUGGCGCAGGGCGGCGUGUACGCAGAAAUGGUACGGCUGCAAAACCUGGGUAAAUUGAGCGUUGAAGAUUUGAAGAGCCCUCACGAUAUGAUCACCACGAGCAGUAUUCACGAGAGUGUGCAGCCGACAGACGAAAAGGAAGCCUUGGUAGGCAUUGGGGGUUCAGACAUCACUGAAGACACGGUGUGCGGUGAGGUACCUCCUGGUUCCACAGAUGGUGAUGGGAGCAAAGGAAAGAAGAGGAAGCGUUCAGGCUGGUUCACCAUCAAGUACACGUUCUCUCUGGUGCGGGCCAACCUGCCGUUGAUUUGCCUCGGGCUCUGUAUGUCCGUCAUCAUUGGAGGUAGCUACUCGGCCGAGGCGAUUGUGUUUGGCCACACCGUUGGCAGUCUGAGCCCAUGCAGAUCUUCUGAUGCCAUCAGUGAUAGUGGCAACCUUUAUGGGUUGCUCUUUUUCAUCCUUGCCCUGGUCGAGCUUACGGCAAAUGUGGUGGGUGGCUGCGCCUUUGGCUGGGCAGCGGAUAAGAUUCUGUAUCGGCUCCGGGUGUUGUCGCUACGAUCGCUGCUGAGCCAGACCAUACAAUGGCAUGGCAUGGAGGACCGGACUCCAGGAACUUUGAUCACUUAUAUCACCGGGGAUACUGCUUCUCUGAGUGGCAUUACCGGAUCGACUAUCGGUCUCCUCCUUGCUACAGCCGUCAACCUGGUAGCCGGGUUGGUGAUAUCGUUUGCUAUCGCGUGGAAAAUCACUAUUGUCUUAUUUCCGACCAUACCCGUCCUACUUAUAGCAGGCAUGAUGAAGCUCCGCGUUCAAGCCAAGUUCACUGAGCGGCAUCAGAAGGCAUUUGCCAAGGCCACGGCCAUCACAGUCGAGGCCGUCGAUAACAUCCGUGCUGUUGCAGCAUUCUCCCUUGAGAAGCAAUCUCAGGAAGUAUUCGUCCGAGCCCUGCGCCGCCCAUACCGGGACACAAUGAAAGCUAUUGCACAUGGCAAUGCCUGGUUGGCAUUGGCGUUUAGCAUCAGCAACUUGGUGUAUGCCCUCGCGUAUUGGUGGGGGUCGAAGCAGGUGGCAUCGGGGCUCUACUCCCAAACUCAGUUCUUUAUUGUCCUGCCUUGCCUGCUAUUCAGUACGCAGUCUUGUGGUCAAAUGUUUGCUCUGGCACCGGAUAUCUCCAAGGCCCGUCUGGCGUCGUCUAACAUUGUUGAUCUGCUCACUACCCGCUCCGCGGAGGAAGAGCUGGCUCCGGAGAAGCCCCGUCGGGGUGUACGUCAGACGAAUGGCAACGGUAUCGGCGCCCAGCUUCGUGGGGUGCAUUUCACGUAUCCCAAUCGGCCUGAACGUCCAAUUCUAAAAGGACUUACCCUGGACAUCAAGCCCGGUCAGUUCUGUGCGCUGGUCGGACCUAGCGGAUCGGGCAAAUCGACGACCUUUGCCAUGCUGGAGCGAUUCUACCGUCCUGCAGCCGGGUCGGUGAUCAUCGACGGAGUAGACGUGACUCGGCAGCUAGGCACUGAGUUCCGGGAUGAUAUCGCCUUGGUGCCGCAGGAGAAUGUUCUGUUCGAAGGAACGGUCGCAUUCAAUAUUGGUCUGGGUGCUUGCCCCGGCCAUGAACCGACACAAGAAGAGAUCGAAGCGGCGUGUCGCAUGGCGCACAUCCACGACGUGAUUAUGGCCCUGCCGGACGGGUACCAGACGAUGUGCAGCCACGACGGCAAGCAAUUUUCAGGCGGGCAGCGCCAGCGCCUGUCAAUUGCACGCGCGCUGGUGCGCAAGCCACGGCUGCUGCUGCUGGACGAGUCGACGAGCGCACUGGAUGUGGAGUCGGAGAAGAAGAUCCAAGAAUCCCUGACGACGCUAGCGGGCCGCACGACGAUUGUCACGAUCGCGCAUCGACUGAACACGAUCCACCGAGCGGAUCAGAUCUAUCUGAUUGAGGAGGGCCGCUGUGCGGAACAAGGAACCCAUCAGGAGCUGAUCCAGCGCAGUGAGACGUAUCGAACGAGUGUGAUCCACCAGUCGCUGGAGACCUAA